AUGAUCUCAGUUUCAACACAAUUGUUCCUAGUUCCCUUUUCAUUGCUUUUGGUGCUGCCUGUUGUGGAAGCAGUAGAAGCCGGAGAUGCAAUCGCUCUCUUGCUCAGUGUGGUUCUCAGCAUUACAGGCAUUUCUGCUUGUUUGGGGGUGUAUGCAUGA